AAUAAAAAUAAAAAACAAAACAAAAAAGCAAACGAUACAAAACGAAACAAAACAAAACAAAACAAGUACCCAAAACAAAUCCAAUUGAUCUCAUUAUGUGAUAUUUGUCGUAGUGCCCAAAGCGUUCACUGUAGUACGUGUAACUGACACACACACACACAUAUAACCAAAACAUACAAUACGAGUUAAGUACAUGGUGGAAACACUUUUUGCUCUAAGUAAACUAACUCAAAAAAUCAAAACCCAAUCAAAACCCCCCUCUGAAACAUAUCCCUUUAAGCAGCAGCAACUAUUUGAGAGAAUGCAACUUUUCAGCAAUGCCAGCACUCGAUGAGGCGACACCAAACAGAUAAACCUUAAGCCCCAUAUAGAUCCAUAAAUAAUUAUUGCAUGGAUAUAUCGAUUCAAUGCCCAGCCACAGAUAUUGUAAAUACCGCGCGCGCGUGUGUGUGUGUGUGUGUGUGUACUCGGGUACUCUCUAUUAUAGAAUGUGUUGGAAGGGGGACGAAAAAAAGAAACGCCUCUAGAUGGGGAGCUACACACCCAAAAAAAAAAACUUUCAGUUCAUUUUAUAUAAAUAUAUAUAUAUAUUUUUUUUUGCUCUUUGUUAAUGAUUUUUGUUUUUGUUUACACAUAUAUUAUUGUUUAAAACUAUAAAUGUAACUAUAUAGAUAUGUAUGUAUAUGUAUAUGUAUAUCGUCGUAUAUCGUAUAUCUCUAUGCAUUAAGUAGUCAAAAGCGAGCAAGUUUUUAUGCAAAUACUAUUUUCCAAAAGGCACCAAUCGACCGAAACACGUUCUCUUCUCCUCUAACUGCAACAUUUGAUCAUCGUAACGUACUUAAUUUACAAAAGAACCGGGAACAGCAAGCAUAAAAGAAGAAACGAUUUCUGUUGGUGCUCUCAUGCCUUAAUAGCUAGACAGCAGGACACAGCUCCUGCUCCCCUCCAUUUUCGGCAAUUUAAACUUAAACCCAUUUAAAUGAUUGAUCUAUUCUUUCGAUACUUUGUAUACUUUGUUUGAAUUGCAAGUGCACAUACAUAUUACCCUAUGAUUUCUGAAUGCAUAUUGGCGAGUUAAACGUAUCGUAUUUUUCAUAAUCUAAGUUUAUAAAUUAGUAAAGAAAACAAAAACAAAACCCAUACUAAACCGAAAAAUUUACUGAAUAAACUUUUGAAAGUUGUAAUGAAAAUAUUCCUAAUUUAUAUUUAUAUUUAAAUUGUGUAAGAUAAUUAUCCCUGGAGAAUUUCGACGCUAUUUCGUAGCGCUACUUUGACUUGUUCUCUUAUAUCCUGCUCUUUCAUAAGUCACCUAGAAAAUGAUGGGAAAACGUCAUGACAACUGUUGAUAUGUGUCCGAUAUAUGAGCUGUGCUAUGUUGCACGGAUGACAGCUGAAAGGAGGUACGAGUGGCGGAGUGGCUGUGUGGCUGAGUGUGGCAGUGUGGUGUGGCGUACAAAUUUCAUUCAUGAAAAUGUCGCGCGCUGUUAAUGUGCUGCUGGUGUGGGUGGCUGCUGCCACUGUGGGGGUGGCUUCUUAACAGAGCUCUGUUUGUGGCAAGUCCUUGUGCUGUUGGGCCCCCCGCCCGCACACACACACACACAGGCACACGCACACAGAAGGCAGGCCGAGCUUCAUUCUGUGGCAGAUGCGGCAGAAUAUCUGCGUUCAGUUCCACUUCGAGCGUCGUUCGGUGCGGAUCGCAGCAGUCGCAAUAUUCUCCCUCGUUGGUACAUUGAGUGAAGAGGAAAGUGAAACGAUGGCAACUGUGGCAACUAAUGCGGAUGCUGAUGCUGCUGCUGCUGCUCCACCUGCUCCUUUGGCAUUGGAGUCCGCCGUUAACGUUAAUCCCAAGUGCGCCAAUGUGAACAACAACAAUAGUGCCCGCUCCAGCCGGUUGGGCAGUGCUUCUGGGGCUGACCUGGACACGGACACGGAUGCGGAUGCGGAUACGGAUGCGGCGUUGCUGCUGGACCAGCGAUUCGGAUGGUGCAGCUUCCAGCCGCAGUGGCUGCAACGCUUCUGCACCGCCAAGUGGGCGCUCUUCUGGCUCUGCUGGGGCGGUGCCUUGCAGGGUCUGAUUGUCAACGGAUUGAUCAAUGUCUCAAUCUCAACGAUUGAGCGGCGGUUCGGACUGCGCUCCCGACAGAUGGGCCUCGUGGCCAGUGGCUACGAUUUGGCCUCGUUCGCCUGCCUGGUGCCCGUCACCUACUAUGGCGGCCGGAAGGGUGCCUCCAAGCCGCGCUUCAUUGCCAUCGGACUGAUGGUGAUGGGUCUCGGCUCGCUGAUGUUCCUGCUGCCCAACUUUCUGGUGGCGCCCUAUCGUGCCACCAUUGCCGAGGCGAACGUCUGUGAGCUGGGGAGCAGCAGCAGCAGCCCCAAUCAGAAUCAGAAUCAGACAAUGCAAUACUCCUGCGAGGUGCUGAAUGCUGGGCAUGGGGAGCGCGAGCAGUACGACAGUUUAACGUGGACCGUGUGGCUGUUCUUUGGGGCUCAGCUGCUGCACGGUGCCGGCGCUGCGCCCCUCUUCACACUGGGCGUCACAUACAUCGAUGAGAAUGUCUCAAAGAAGAUGUCAUCUGUUUACUUGGGCAUCUACUAUACAAUGGCCACGGUGGGACCUGCCAUUGGCUACGUACUGGGCGGACAAUUGCUGCUCAUCUACACGGACUGGAUGACCGUGGACCCGGUCCAGUUGAGCCUGACCAGCGACAGCAAGGUGUGGAUUGGUGCCUGGUGGCUGGGCUUCAUAUUCGCCGCGGCUAUGUGCCUGCUCAUAGCCAUACCCAUCUUUGGCUAUCCGAAAUCACUGCCGGGCGCGGAUAAGCUGCAGCUGGAGAAGGUCUCGGAGGCGCACGAAGCCAGAACGGUGGUGGAGCAGGACGGAUCGGAGGCUGCAUGCAGCCUGGCCGAUGGUCGUCGGCGACUGGGGGGACAGCUGUCUCGCGCUGUGCUCAGUCUCCUGAAGAAUCCCACGUUCUUCUUUCUGAAUCUGGCCGGGGCCACAGAGGGUCUGGUUAUAGCCGGAUUCGCCGCCUUUCUGCCCAAGCAAAUCGAGAACCAGUUCAGCAUCUCGCCCAUGCUGUCCGCCCUGGUCAUGGGACUCAUUACGGUGCCAGCUGGCGGCGGUGGCACAUUCCUGGGCGGCUAUCUGGUGAAGAAGUGGAACCUGGCCUGCAGUGGCAUCAUCAAAAUGUGUCUGCUGGCCACCACGGUGGCGGCAUUCUUCACCUUCUGCUUUUUGGUGUCCUGUCCCAAUCCGAAAUUUUCGGGCGUCACCACCUCGUACAGUCUGGAGGCGAGAAGCGGCCCACCAGAGCUGCUGGCCAACUGCAAUGCCAACUGUGGCUGCAGUCGCAGCAAUUACGAUCCCAUUUGCGGCACCAAUGGCGUCAUGUACUACAGUCCCUGCUUCGCCGGCUGUGGCCAGGAGGAGCAUGUGGAGAGCCUGAAGCGCUAUCACAACUGCAGCUGCAUCGCGAGUGUCGGAUGGGUGGACGAUGGUGGCGCUCUCCAUCCGGAUGCCACCAACUUGAAGUGCGAUUCCACGUGCCACAGUCUGCCGUACUUUGUGGGCCUCUGUUUUGUCUUGAUGAUUUUCACCUUCCUGGCCACAAUGCCAGCUUUGUCAGCCACAUUGAGAUGCGUUCAGGAUGAACAGCGUUCCUUUGCGCUGGGCCUGCAGUGGAUCAAGGUACGCCUGCUGGGCACCAUACCCGCGCCUCUUAUAUUCGGAGCUCUCAUUGACGAGUCCUGCAUUUUGUGGCACGAGUCCUGCGACGAGCAGGCAGGAGGAGCCUGUCUCGUCUACGAUAAUUUCUACAUAAGCCGCUACAUGUGGCUUUUGGCCUUGAUCUGCAAGCUGGGAUCCGUGGUGUUCUUUCUGUGUGCCUGGUGGUUCUAUGUGCCACCCAGCAAGCCAGUGACUGCCAAUGGCAAGGAAGAUAUUUGAACUGAAACUAUCAUACAUUGAUAUCCAGAUGGGAUUUAAUUACCAAUCCCACCAGACCUGUGGCUCAUAUUGGGCACAUUACGUAUUGUCUGGUUUAGCAUUAGCAUUUAGAAAUGAAGUAAUAUAUAAUAGGAAUCAAGCCAAGAUCCCAUACGAAAUAACUUACAAUUCUCAGUAGUAUUUAUAACCGUUCUAAGAAAGUAUUAGACUAACUAAAUACUCGUAAAAACUUUAAGAUAUUUUUAAAUAAAAUGCCAUUUUAUACCCAUUGUAGAGGGGGCC